CUUAAUUUCACAAAGCAUGUAUAAAACCAAUCUCCUUAAUUCACCUUCAUCACCCAAGUUAAGCUUUCUUCCUUUGCUUUGCUUUAGCUUCCGUCUUUUCUCUCCGGCCACAUUUUAGUGUUCUUGUUGGUUUUGAGUUAUGGAGCUUCAACUGGGUUUGGCUCUGUCGCUUCCGGUUCAUCAGAACGCUCCUGUCAAAGGGUUUGAUGUAACCAGUCAUGGGGUGAUGGGUUUGGAUUUAUGGAGCUAUGGAUGCUGCUUGGAGAGCAAAAAGAAGCGUAGUCACGACACGGCUUUCGAGAAGAUUGGAAAUGACGAUGAGUCGAAGAUGUUGCCUUUGUUGUUGUGGCAUGGCCAGCCGGAUGAGGAAGACGAUGAUGGCAAGAGGCAAAAGAAAAGAGACUCUUGCAGUCUCAUCGAUACCAAUGAUGAUGGAGAAGGAAACCAAGUUGUUGGGUGGCCACCAAUUAAAUCAUGGAGGAAGAAGAUGUUUUUUCCUGAUCAUCAACACCAUGGUCGUGGCCGCCACGAUCUCCAGAAUCAUCAGAAUAUAGUGGCAAAGGAAAAUGAUGGGGCAGAAAAUUCCAUGUACGUAAAGGUGAAGAUGGAAGGAGUGGGAAUUCUGAGGAAGAUAGAUAUAAAGCUGCAUCACUCUUAUCAGACACUUAGAGACUCCUUGAUAGCCAUGUUUGCCAAAUGCAAAGGAUGUGAGAAUGAGGAUACUGCAGAUUUUACUUUGACUUAUCAGGACGUACAUGGAGAUUGGUCGGUUGCUGGAGAUGUUCCCUGGCAAACUUUCGUCAACUCCGUGCAGCGCCUGGAGAUUGUAAAGAAUGGUGGUUGAGCCCAUGAACUCGGUUUGAUAGGGUUGCUAGCUACUAUUAACUAGUUAUCUGAUAGAUCGAUGAUGAUCAGCUUUGCCUAGCUAGCUACUAGUAGAAAGUAUAUGAUAAUAUAUAUAUAUAUAUAUAUAUAUAUAUAUAUAAUGCUUAUAUGGAGAACCAAAAGAUCGGCUUUUGGAGAUUCCAUCACAGCUAGAAUAAGUCAAAUGAUCCAAGUUUGUACUACCGCACGAACGGUAAAGAAAGACGAUGAAUACGAAAAGUAAAAGAAAAAAGCACGUGGAGUACAUAUAAUGAUCUUAGUACUCUCUAUGUUA